GUGAGGAUGCUCGAUCACUUAUCUUAGGCAAUUACGGUGACAAAACUAUAAAUUUAGUUCAGAUUUACACGUCGUACAUUUAUAGAUGUUUUACUACUGAAAAAUGUUGUCGUUUCUCUUAUUGCUUCAGUUGAUUCAUCAUGUAUGGAGCCAUGGUCGCUUGAUGGAACCUCCAGCAAGAUCGUCUAUGUGGAGAGCUGGAUUUCAAGCUCCUGUCAAUUAUAACGAUAAUGAAUUAUUCUGCGGAGGAAUAGAGAAACUGUGGUCUCAAAACCAUGGAAACUGUGGUAUUUGCGGUGAUCCAUGGGACGUUCCGCCUCCACGACCGAACGAAGAUGGUGGAUUAUACGGUCGAGGCAUUAUUGUCAGAAAAUAUAAAAUGGGCCAAACUUUCACGGCGACUGUACAAUUGACAGCUAAUCAUAAUGGCUAUUUCGAGUUUCGGAUAUGUCCCGUGCAAUACGCAAAUCAAGUAGUGGAUCAAGCAUGCCUCGAUCAAAAUUUACUCCAAUUAGCCGAUGGAUCUGGUACUAGAUAUUAUGUUGGACCCGGAACGGGAGAUAUUCAUAUUAAUCUGGUACUUCCUGAAGGGUUGAGUUGUCAGAGAUGCGUGUUUCAAUGGCAUUAUCGUGCAGGAAACAAUUGGGGAAGGUGCAGCGAUAUGACUCAGGGCUUAGGUUGCGGGCCUCAGGAAUAUUUCCGUGGAUGCGCAGACAUACAGAUCGAACCUUAAAAGCGCAAUGUUACGUCAUAAGAAACGUUGUAAAAUGUAUUGUUACGCGAACAAUUAUUUAUUAUAAGCCAGCGAUUAUCAAAAUACUUUAAUGCAUAUAAAUAUUAUAUAUAUAUUAAAAAAAACAUUUAUAAUAUUUUAUUUAACAGAUUUAAAUUAUAAUUAUUUAACAAUUUUAAAAAUUAUAUAGUUCCGAAUUCAUCCAUCAGAUGGCAUUCGAUCUAGUGGCAUGGUUCCAAAACACGCCAUGGAGCGGAAACAUUUCGAAUUAAAAAAUAUAUAU